GCCAAGGAGUCGUCCAUUUGGUCCUCCACUAUUCCUCUUGUCUUGGCAGCUCAUUCUUGACCACCGUUUUCGCACCGCCAACUACUUUAUACCUCUAAAUAUCCCCAACAGCCAGACCAACCAUGCCUCUCAAAGGCUACAUCGUGUGGAAGUCUACUAUCAAGAAGUGGAACCCCAGAGAAACGCCGGGCCAUGGCCACAUCAAGUUCGACGACGGCAAGACGAGCAACGGCAAGCUCUGGGACGCCGCCGUCAACGUGGAGUCCAAGUCGGCCGACUCUCGCCUGGUAUUCUGGCUCAACCGCGACAUACCCGCGUCGCACCCCCUCAUCGCCCCCCUGGCCGACCUGCCCUUCGGCAAGACCAAGGGCGCUCGCCCGGGCCCGCCGGGCCUGGACUUCCUUCGCGGCGCUGCCAACGGCAUCAUCGACAUCAGCAAGGGCCUGCUCCUGCACGGCACCGAGCCGGGCCCGGACAACGACAUCCUGGACUUUGUGAACCCGGUCCUGAACCAGGCCGUCGCGGCGGGCAAAGAGGGAGCCGACCUGUACCUCUUUGGCGAGCCGUACAGCAACGGCACCGGCAUCCACGACAUCCACAUGAACCAGGGCAACAAGGGCCAGUGGGCACGCGACAACGGCGUCUGGCAGGACGGCGCCAUCGUCAUCCACUUCAAGGACGGCAGCCACGGCGGCAAGGGGCACUGGGAGGGCAUCUUUCUGGCGUUUGCGGUGCAGACGCCCAAGACGAACGACAAGGGCGGGCCGGUUGGCAAGAGCUUUGGGGAGAUCUUUGAUGAGCACCGCGUCGGCGGCGGCGGCGAUGACGGUGACGGUGGCGACGGCGGCGACGGCGGUGAUGGCCAGGACAGCGACGGCAUGUUCAAGGGCAAGCUGUCCAUCCUGGCCGCGCUCGUCAACCCCGUCGGCCCGGACAACAAGUCGACUUCGGGCGACCCGGAGACCGUCCACCUCGUCAACCGGACCGCCACGGCCGUGAAGCUCGGGAGCUGGAAGAUCACCAACGGCGGCGACGGCGGCUCAUUCACGCUCCCCGGAUCCACCGUCAUCCCAGCCGGCGGGAGGCUCCCCAUCCCCGUGGGUCCGGGCUGCCCGCUCAGCAACACGGGUGGGGAGAUUGCGCUGAUGGAUCACAAUGGGAAGGUCGUGGACGAUGUCAAGUAUAGCAAGGAUCAAGCUGCGAGGGAGGGUGUUCUAUUGUACUUCCAGCAGAGAGGCUAGAGAGCAGGUGGGGUUCUGCUGUUCCCCUGCGAGGCUACCUGAUGGGAAAACUACAUAUGGAAGCUCUACUUUGAGAACGAAUCGAUGUCUGGGAGAAUCUUGAAUGCCAUCGUACGCCCGUAUGUGGAGGAUAAUGCCCAGAAUGUCCUCCAGUCAGCCCGUCUAGUUCUU